UUGUGUGUUUCUUACGCAGGCUCGGGUGGAGGUCACUGGUCCAUCAGCGCAGUGGGACUGUCACAUCUUUGCCAUGGCGAAACUCUUUGAGUCGAUUGGAAAAUUGGGAUUGGCCUUGGCCGUUGGAGGAGGUGUAGUUAACUCCGCUCUAUUUAACGUUGACGCAGGUCACAGGGCUGUCAUCUUCGACCGCUUUCGAGGUGUCCAAGAUGCCAUCGUUGGGGAGGGCACACACUUCCUUAUUCCCUGGGUGCAGAAACCAAUUAUUUUUGACUGCAGGGCCCGUCCACGCAACGUGCCUGUUAUCACUGGUAGCAAAGAUUUACAGAAUGUGAACAUCACCCUGAGAAUCCUUUUCCGGCCAGUUGCUGCACAGCUGCCAAGGAUUUUCACCAGCAUUGGAGAGGACUAUGAUGAGAGAGUGCUGCCCUCAAUCACUACUGAAGUGUUGAAAGCUGUAGUGGCCCGUUUUGAUGCUGGCGAGCUCAUCACUCAGAGAGAGCUGGUGUCUAGGCAGGUCAGUGAGGAUCUGACAGAAAGAGCAUCCACCUUUGGCCUUAUUCUUGACGACGUCUCCCUGACACAUCUGACAUUUGGCAAGGAGUUCACAGAGGCUGUUGAGAUGAAGCAGGUUGCACAGCAGGAUGCAGAGAGAGCCAGAUUUGUCGUAGAAAAGGCCGAGCAACAGAAGCAGGCAACCAUUAUAUCAGCGGAAGGAGACUCCCAGGCUGCUCUGUUGAUCGCUGAUUCUCUGGCAGUAGCUGGUGAUGGUCUGGUGGAGCUGAGAAAGUUGGAGGCAGCUGAGGACAUCGCAUUCCAGCUUAGCCGCUCUCGCAAUGUCACUUACCUCCCAACUGGACAGGGCACGCUCCUGCAGUUACCGCAGUGACCGGGAAACUAGAUGCGCACACAUACACUCACGUCACUUCUGUUCUAUGUUUGGCUGCAUUAGGAAAAGUUGAUGUCUGUAGAACACAUAAAACGAUGUAAUCGUACUACAUGCAAACUUUAAAGAGACAAAGAUACCUUGUGUUUUUCUCUCUUUUAGUCCAAGUCCUCUUUCUCUUUUCUUGAAGGUGUGGACUGCCACCAGGUGGUUUCAGCAAUUGGAAAGAGGAAACAAUUGGGAAGAGUCUGUGUAAAUGUGCUGAAGACAUAUAUAAAUCUGUAAAUGUUUUGACAUUGUUUGAAACUCGUAAGCCAUUUCAGUCGUAUCGAAGUGUUGAAGGCAAGUUUCUCCUUACAGAAAUUUAUCUAAACCAAAAUAAUCUAAUUUUUGACACCUUAAAAAGUGUCAUUGGUAGUGAAUGACACACAGACUGCACCCUCUCCAUUUGUGCGCUGUGGUGCUAGAUAGUUAAAAGAUAAUUCCCAGAUUUCCCACCCACCCUCUGCUUCUGCAUAGUAUAGUUUGUGAAAGGAGGAGCACCCUUGCAUUCCACAAGGGGCAAAUUGAUAAAAUAAUCAGUAAACAUUGAUUAAUUUAUAUUAAGCCACAAAAUAAAUAUAUAUGUGUCUCAUUUCUUAUGGCAAUUUGCAUUUCUAAUUGAAACAAUGUUUUUAUUAUUACUAUUAUUGUGUGCCUUGUGUUUUAAUUCCUGCUUUUUGUUCAAAAUGAGUUCCCGUUUUGGAGCUUUCACGAGACUGAGCCGUUAAAAGUAGACACGCCCCCUCUUUAUUAAAACCCCGCCGUCCGAAGAUUCCGUUGAGACCGAGAGCGUCUUCUCACAGUCACACGACAGAAGCAAAAUAGCGCCCUCAGCUGUAUCUGAAAUGUAUUAAUCUGAAUAUGAAAUUAAACCUGAAUGAUCUACUUCAUCUACUACACUAGAACGCGAAAAAUGAUUGACAACCAGUAGGCACAUCAAAGUGUUCGGGUUGACUGAUCAAAGAAUGUUAAUUAUUUACGUUAUUAACAUUUUUGUUUGAUGUUUACGCUCCAGUGCUGUCAUAGAGACCACUGAGAUAUCUCAGGACACUUAUUUCAGGGAUAUCUUUCAAGGGAGCAGGAAAAUCUUCUAAAUCUAUAAACAAAUCGCUUACAGCACAUUUAAAGGAUUAGUUAACAAAAAAAAAAAAAAAAGACAAUUCAGUCAUUGUUUACUCACCACUGUGCUGUUAUAAACCUAUAUACCUUUUUCUUAACUCAAAAUGGAGAAAUUGUGGAUAAAAAUUUUGUUCUCAGUGAUGUUUACAAUCAGUUUGGUGAGAAACAAACCGAAAUCAAAUGUAUUAUUUAGUGAAAAUGCUCACUGACCGUUGAUCUCCUGUGCGUGUUCAUGAUGGCGCACCAGAGCAACAGUUCAUGCUGCCCCUUUGCGACAUUGGGGUGUUAAGUGAAAGCUAGUUUUGUUUAUCUAAAAACUGGUCCUCCACAGUGAUGGCAACAACAGAACACAACACAGCUGCACAGACAACAUAACUUACUAAACAUGUCUGAAGAGUUUGUAGAUGAAGAAUGUAUUCAUUUCUAUGCCCAGCCUUAUAUUUUUUUAACAGGGUGCUCUCAAACAGAAACACAGAGGAGGCUGAAGGCAGCCAUUGUCACACCGUGUCCUAACCAGAUGACAAACGACACGUGAUAAAAGGUAGAUUUUCAAUGGUAAUUAAGAGUUUUAGUCCUAACAAGCAAUGAUGAGUGAUGGUACUUUCUAGCGAUCACUUGUUUUCUAUUUUCAGCAUCGCACUCCAUCCGCUGUGAACUGGCACAGGUCCAAAAACGUAAAAAAAUAAAUAAGGCUGGACAUAGAAAUGCAUAAAUUCUUCGACUUCAAACUCUUCAGACAUGUUUAGUAAAUACUGUUCUCUGUUUUGUGUUCUGUAAUCAACCUUGAUAUCAUGAUCGUGCCUAGAGACUGCAAUGGCAAGAUUUAUAGUGAAAAAAGGAAUUAUAUUUUGGUCUGUUCUCACCCAAUAUCAACUGGAUUGCUUCAGAAGACAAGGAUUAAAACACUGGAGUCUGAUGGAUUAUGUUUAUGCUGACGUUAUCAGCUUUGGGAAGCUUCAAAGGCCUGAUCACCAUUCACACUUAUUGUAUGGACCUACAGAACUGAGAUAUUAUUAAAAUCUUUGUGUUGGGGGGUGAACGAACUAUCCCUUUUAACUUGACAUUUAAAAAAAAUGCUUAGAUGCUGAUUUUUUUCAUACCUGGAUAUGGCACAAUAAAGUCUUUGC